GGAGAAAUGAAAACACAUAUAACAAGCCACCGCCAAAAUGAGGCAACCACUUUAGCAGAAAUGGAACUGCCGAUGCCCAGAUCUCCUCCCGAAAUUAGUUCCUUUUCUUCGGGACGUUAGAUCACUGGAACAAUCUCGGAAGACGAUGUUUCAGGCAAACUGGGAUGGCGAUGGUGCUCUGACCAACAUUGAUCCUAGUUGGAAUUUGCUGGGGCAGACGCCAAAGGUAGGAGUGGCAACAACUGCCGACACUUGUCCUCGCCCAAAUCCAAUUUCACUGCUGCACCAUCAGCCAAUACCUCCGGCUGGGUUCGAGGCAUCUCAUACUACCUCAACGACGCAGUCUCUGCAAAGCCAGACGAAUCCCAGCAUUACAGACUCGCCGUAUCUAUCUGAUGCUGCAGGAUCCAAUCCAGCAUUCCACUCCUGCAACUCCGGAUCCCUGCUUAGUAGAGAUGACACGCAAACCUCUGCUCAGCCCACGGAGGAGGAACUACGAAGACUUCGCCUGGCUUUACAACGCAGCUCCUCUCAGAUGACCAGCAGCCUUGCUUGCGACCUGAGUCGAAACAUAGCCACUCCGUCGCAGAUGACCAGCAGCCUUGCUUGCGAUCUGAGUCGAAACACAACCACGCCGUCGCAGAUGACCAGCAGCCUUGCUUGCGAUCUGAGUCGAAACAUAACCACUCCGUCUCCAAGCUCCUCCGCAUUUUCAUCAGGCCAUGGUGCUCGUACUGGUAUCAGCAGACCUGAUUUUCGUCAAACGGCUAAUCCGCAGCACCACGACCUGCAUCAUCAUAAUCAACAGCAGCAACUCCAGGAUACUGUGCAGGAUCACCAGCAACAGCAGCUCCUGAAUCCGCAAGUAGCAUCUGCACCAACUAUGGAGUAUCAAGGGCGAGCUAGAACUGCGCCUGGUGACGUCAUACUUGGUGAGGACAAGGCAAGGCAAUCACGUGGUCAUAUUGAGUCGCUAGAAUCCACCCGCAGCGAACAGCAUCUUCAAAUUAUCCGACUGAUUCAAGCCAUGCAGAGACUUCAACAGCAGCAGCAGCAGCAGCAGCAGCAGCGAGGCCAUGAUGCUAGCCAAAUGGACAUUGCCAGCAGCCUGGUGCAGACACCUCAGCAUGCCAAGCAAGCUCAGCACCAACCGCAGAAAGAGAAACAAAAGCAGCAGCAGCAGCAAAGUUGCAGCGACCAGGAACACCGACGUCUUCAGCGACUGCAGGAGGAGCUGCGAUGCGACUCUCGUCGCCGACAACACAUGCAGCGUCAUCUCGAACAAACGCAAGCACGCAAAUAUCACAGGAAUCAACAGCAAGCCAUGCAAGCACACUGGCUCAACUCCGAACGUCGCCAUCAGCUGCAGCAGAAGCAAGAUCAGCAAGACAAACAACAGCGACGUAAACAACAACAACAACAACAACAACAACAACCUCAUCCUCAGCGGCGCCAGAGCCUGUGUGAGCUACAAACUCAACAGCAGCAGUCUAAAGAGGAGGCGGAAAGCAAGUCACCGCCACCGCAACCUCAGCGUACGCAGGCGACACCAUUGGCACAUUUGCAGCUGCAGAAGCCAGAGAAUUUGCAUCUACAACAGCAAAGGAAGCCUCAACCGCACCCUCAGACUCCACAACAACAACCACAACAUCUUGAGCAAGUCCUUUCGCCACAGGAACAACCACAACAUGGAACAGUGCAAGGCAAGAAAGAUAUGUCCGAUAAACUGCCUUCACUUCAUCUUCAGCACCAACCUCUGAAGCAACCACAGCAGCAACAACAGCACCAUCACCAGCAACAUCAGCACCAUCAGAAGCAGCAGCAACCACAGCAGCAGCAGCUUCAGCAGCAGCAAUCACACCAGCAGCAGCAACCACAGCAGCAGCAGCUUCAGCAGCAGCAAUCACACCAGCAGCAGCAGCAACCACAGCAGCAGCAGCUUCAGCAGCAGCAAUCACGUCAGCAGCAGCAGCAACCACAGCAGCAGCAGCCUCAGCAGCAGCAAUCACACCAGCAGCAGCAGCAACCACAGCAGCAGCAGCUUCAGCAGCAGCAAUCACACCAGCAGCAGCAGCAACCACAGCAGCAGCAGCUUCAGCAGCAGCAAUCACACCAGCAGCAGCAGCAACCACAGCAGCAGCAGCUUCAGCAGCAGCAAUCACACCAGCAGCAGCAGCAACCACAGCAGCAGCAGCUUCAGCAGCAGCAAUCACACCAGCAGCAGCAGCACCUUCAACAGCAAGAGCAACAUGUCCAAGAGAGGACGGGACUGCAGUGGUUACACGGAGCUCUGCUGGGUCAGGGACUGCAGCCGCGACAGCCUGCUGCUAGCCCACAACUUCCAGAACAUGACAGCCUAACACCAUCCCCAGUAUCCCAACAUCAACAAGAACAUGGUGUGCAGGCGCAGAACCUGCGCUCGCGUGAACAAGGCAUCCGCUCGCCGCCCUCGCAUCAUCAGCACUCGCAACAUUCACGGCAACUACACACACCUCAACCUCAACUACUGCAACAAUCGCGUUUACAGCACGACACGCUCACGUCCGGAUGUCCUGUACAGCAACACCAGCAAUGUCAGCAGCAACAGGAGCCACAAACGCAACAGCAGCAGCAACAGCAAAAGCAGCAGCAGCAGCAACAGCAGCAGCAGCAGCAGCAACAGCAGAUCACCGAAUCUCCCAUAUAUCAGCAUAAACAGCACCACUCGGCACCACAUCACCAUCAUCAUCAGCCACCUACUGAACAGACCUGCUCACCACCGGGCAACCCGCAGCAGCACACACCAACGGGUCAUACUCUCCAGGCAGCACAGGCAGCAGUGGCCAGGCCAAUACCUCUCUGGGAUGAAGCCAUGUGGAUGCUGCCACCAGAUCCUACCAACUGGACGGCUGGUCACGUGCGAACGUGGGUGGAACUAUUCGGGCGGUACAAUCCCGACUGCCGAAUACACCCGGACAUGAUGCCUUGCAACGGGCGAGGCUUGUGCUCCGUUAGCAACGACUCAGGUACCUUCUCGCGUCUCGACCCCCUGUACGGUCCGGCCAUGUUCGCCGAUCUCAGGCAGCGAAUCGAAGAAGCAAGCAUAUUCGCCAACGCGGUGUGCUAGUACACGCGCACGCGCACACACACACACACACACACACACACACACACACACAUACACAUACACACACAUACAUACACACACGGAUGUUGAGACCAGGAAGAAGUAUUGCAUUUCUCUCUCCCUUGGUUGAUAACCAAAGACUCUGUGCAGAGAAGAACCUGAUAUGCAUACAAUCAACAGCAUGAUUCAUCUCUGAGCUUCAAGACACUAGGUAGAGUCAGUGUGACCCCUAAUCGUUUACUCUACUGCUGGUCAUUUGAAUCUCAAUCCAUGUUAAUAACAAUACUCGAAGUACUGCCAUAUCCCUUGCCUUGAAUUGCUAGAAAAAGCAAGCAUUACGUCAUCGUCCAAGAUUUCAGCAACUAUGAAUCUGAUACAUCUACUAUCAAGAGUAAUAGUUUAUGUACUCUUGGUACUAUGUUAAAAGAGUAUGGCGUAAGUAUGACGUAACGACUGUGCAAUGCAUCUAUACUGCUUCAGUAGGUCAUCUCAUACACUUAUGUGACUAUCCUCCCGAAAUAAAUCUGUAUUCCCUUGAUUGUAGCAGCAUCCGUACAAUCAUGCUUAGCAGGCUCCGCCGGAUUUAUGCUCUCGCUAAAUCAUGGAAUUAUGCUUUCAUGGAUGCUCACAUUAUGCUCGCAAAAUCCUCAUAUUAUGCUUCGAAGCCCAAAUUGUGAUAUACAUGUACUUGUAAGAACCGUGA